UAUUUUCCUCCAUUUCCAACACAUAAACCUCCCUGUAUUGCGUAUCACGCAGUUCAUCACUGAAGUCAUGCCAUCCUGCAACGCGCUCAGAGAAACCCUAGGCUUUCUUAACAAGGAAUCAUUCCUCUGCCUUCUGACUAAGUUAAUCGGAGAAUCAAAGUACGUGCAAAACAAUCCACCCGAGUUGAUUCCAGAGGAGGACAGGGUGGUCAAGCAUGUACUGGAUUCCCUCCUUCCGUACAGCACCACCACUGGCGGAGGACCCCUCGUUGUCAACCAUGUCAGUUACUUUCCUUGCAGAGGAAAUCUGAUCGUCGAGUAUCCCGGCACCGUUCCCGACAAGAUCUUGUCGUUCGUUGGCAUGCACAUGGAUGUUGUCACUGCUAAUCCUAAUGAUUGGGAAUUUGAUCCAUUUUCACUGAGUAUUGAUGGCGAUAAACUUCGUGGCCGGGGAACCACUGACUGUUUGGGGCAUGUUGCUCUUGUAACUGAGCUUAUGAGGACUUUAGGUGAGAAAAAACCUCAAUUAAAAUCCUCUGUUGUUGCAGUUUUCAUAGCGAAUGAGGAGAAUUCUGCCAUAACUGGGGUUGGUGUGGAUGCGCUUGUGAAAGAUGGACUCCUUGAUAAGCUUAAAGAGGGUCCUCUUUUCUGGAUUGACACAGCUGAUAAACAACCAUGCAUUGGUACUGGCGGCAUGAUUCCUUGGAAACUUCACGUGACUGGGAAACUUUUUCAUAGUGGUUUAGCUCACAAGGCUAUAAAUUCUUUGGAGCUAGCAAUGGAAGCACUUAAAGAAAUCCAAUCUCGAUUUUAUAAGGACUUCCCACCACAUCCAAAGGAGGAGGUUUAUGGAUUUGCAACUCCAUCAACCAUGAAACCAACUCAGUGGAGUUAUCCAGGCGGUGGAAUCAAUCAAAUUCCUGCUGAGUGCACAAUAUCAGGAGAUGUCAGGUUAACUCCUUUCUACAAUGUAAAGGAUGUGAUGCAGAAGCUGCAGGAAUACGUUGAUGACAUAAAUGAGAACAUACAUCAGCUUGAUACACGGGGCCCGGUCUCAAGAUAUACACUACCUGAUGAAAAUCUGAGGGGAAGCCUUACAAUAAUUUUUGAGGAGGCAAUGUCUGGAGUUGCUUGUAAUCUCGACUCUCGUGGGUUUCAUGUUCUGUGUAAAGCAACUGAAGAGGCAGUCGGCCAUGUGAAACCUUACUCAAUAACAGGGAGUUUGCCUCUCAUUCGGGAGCUACAAGAAGAAGGCUUUGAUGUUCAAACUGCAGGUUAUGGUUUAAUGGCAACAUAUCAUGCGAAGAACGAGUACUGCCUUCUUUCUGAUAUGUGCCAGGGCUAUGAUGUUUUUGUGAAGAUAAUUUCGGAUUUAGAAGAAUGAUAGAACAUCGAAGUUUUUGUUUCAAAGGCAAUAUAAUGCCGGGAUGAAGUCACUUUGACGUUUCAAUUUGGUACCAUAAUCUGAUAAUAAGUUUUUGGUGAUUGUUAUCA